UGCGUCAUCAGAACGCGCUUCCCAGCUGACGGCAGCAGGCGCAGUAAACUCAAACUGACCUUCUCUGCGGCCUCGUCGCUCGUCCUGGAGCCAGACGAGGACCUUGAAUGUUUUUUCAGCAGUGGUAUUUGAUUUUCUGAGUUAGUUUUAUUGUACAGUCACACAGCCAUGCCCACAAAACUGGAUGCUCCCUCGCUGCAGGAGCUGAACGUGGAUGAGAUCAAUGUGUCCUCUGCCGUGCUGAAGGCUGCUGCCCACCAUUAUGGCUCCCAGUGUGACAAACCCAACAAGGAGUUCAUGCUCUGUCGCUGGGAGGAGAAGGACCCCAGAAAGUGUCUAGAAGAAGGGAGGAAAGUCAACGAAUGUGCACUCAACUUCUUCAGACAAAUCAAGGGAAACUGUGCCGAGUCCUUCACGGAGUACUGGACCUGUCUGGAUUAUUCCAACUUGUCGGAACUGCGCCACUGCCGUCAGAAGCAGCAAGCCUUCGACAGCUGCGUCCUUGAUAAGCUGGGGUGGCAGAGACCCGAGCUGGGAGACCUGUCCAAGGUGAGACUUGGGAAGAAUUGACUGCAUUUACAAUGU